GGGGGCGCGCGGCUCGGGGGGUGGGGUGCGGAGAGCACGGGCCGCGGUCCUGGGGCGCAGAGGCCCGCGCAACACUCCCCUGCGCCCCAGUGUUCCCCUGUCCGGCUGCGCCCCUGCGCACGCGGCCCACCUGGCGCCCCUCGGCCACGGCCGCGCCGCCGCCUCCCCCGUGGCCGCCCGGAGGCGGGGCCCGCGCGCGGCGGGGAACGGGCCGCCGCCGCUUCCUUCCGCUGGGCCCCGGGAGGCCGGAAGUGCUGUGUCCAGGGCGGACGGCAGCGGCUCGGGCGGCUCCCAGGACGACUCUCAGGGGCUCGGCUUCUCGCGACUGUGCCGGAUUUAACCGCCACCAUGUCGAGCAAAAGGGCAAAGACCAAGACCACCAAGAAGCGCCCCCAACGCGCAACAUCCAAUGUGUUUGCAAUGUUUGACCAGUCACAGAUUCAGGAGUUCAAAGAGGCCUUCAACAUGAUUGAUCAGAACAGAGAUGGUUUCAUUGACAAGGAAGAUUUGCAUGAUAUGCUUGCCUCCCUGGGGAAAAAUCCAACCGAUGAGUAUCUAGAUGCCAUGAUGAAUGAGGCUCCAGGUCCCAUAAAUUUUACCAUGUUUCUCACGAUGUUUGGGGAGAAGUUAAAUGGCACGGAUCCAGAAGAUGUUAUCAGAAAUGCCUUUGCCUGCUUUGAUGAAGAAGCCACUGGUACCAUUCAGGAAGAUUACCUGAGAGAACUGCUGACCACGAUGGGAGAUCGGUUUACAGAUGAGGAAGUGGAUGAGCUGUACAGAGAAGCACCUAUUGACAAAAAGGGAAAUUUUAAUUACAUUGAGUUCACACGCAUCCUCAAACAUGGAGCAAAAGACAAAGAUGACUGAAAAGAACCUAACUUUCCAGCCAAAAGCUCCUUGUUGCCAAUUUGGGUGUUUCUGAGAUUUUUCUCUUAGAGCCUAUUGCAUGCCCUUAGCUUUUGCCUUUUCUUAUUGUAUUUAUUCUCAGCCAUUUUGGGCAUAUGCAUCUCUAUAAUCAGACUGGAAACAGGACUUCUUGUCAUUUACAGAAUAGAAAAUAGGGUAAUUUAACUUACCAUCUCCUCUCCCCCAAAAUAACUGCACAUAAAAUCUGUACACAGAGUCAAUAUAUUUUUUCAGAGAAGGUUAUUCACUCAAUUUUUUCUGAAUCAUAAUUAAACUUUAUGAUAAAAACUG